GUCUGCUCCUCGAUAAAUGUAAGAGCGUUCUUCAAUGCUACGAAUCUCUCGCAACCCUUAAGGAAAACAUUUUGAAAAAUUACAACGUUUGCAAAUUUGUUUGCGGGUAGAUUUGAGAUCAGAUGUUUCAGCUUUUUAAAUGCUACGAUCGUCUUCAGACAUUUCGUCGUGUGAAAUCAUCGAGCAACGUCGUAAACGUUUGAGGUCUUUGCAAAGCUUGUGAAAGAGGCUCCUUCCAAACGAGGAGAUCGAGAAGCUUCAAGCAUUUUCGUCCACAUUGGGAAACCGAUACAGCUACAACUCUGCAGCAGAUGCUAGCGUCGUAUUUUUAAUUUUUCGAUUGCAUUGUAUUAAGAAGAGUGUUUAUAGCUUGUGGUGCAAUUUGUUUGCCAAAGGCUAGAUGGAGACAUUUUCAAACCGUGAACUAAUUGAAGCAUCCAAAAUGAUGAAUUUCGUUGAUGAAGUCCCAGGAUGGGGUUCCCCGUACUGCGUCGAGGGCCUCCCAUUCCUGGAUGGUACCCAAGUUGUCCCCGAAAUGACUGCCCAGGACCUGGAUGGGUACCCACCCAUGCAGUUAGAUGGAGAAGAAAGCAAGAGUAGAAGUGACGGUGUUACCUCGUGGAAGAGCUGUUCCAGCCUUACGGAUCAUGAGUCUGGUUACUCGUCGGAUGAGAGUGCGUCUCCAAGGAUGGACGAGGCUCUGCCUUCUCCAGCAAAUAACUGCCUGGAUUUAGACCAGAAUACAACUCCUGGGUUAAUGGAGUGUUUGGGACCAACAGAGGAUUGGUUCAACUACCCACCAUACACAUGGACAGCGGCUCAGUUGGAAAGUUUUCUGAAGUCGGUCAGAGAGUCUUACAAUAUCCCUGGGGAGUGUGACCUAGAGAAGUUGGACCUGACUGGACCAGAACUGUGGUGUUCAACAGCAGAUGAUUUAAAAAGACGUACAGAAUAUGGGGAGCUCCUGUACGAAGCCCUCAACCAGUUUCCGAGUAAUUCCCAAUGGGAAAGUAACAGUACCUCCUGUGGAGGAUAUAAAGAUCCAUCAAGUGAUGAGAUGUUCAACCUUCAAAUUCUUGCUGAGCAAGAUCCCUCUUCCUCCCCCUUCUUGGAUGAUCUUCCUGUGGAAGAAAUCCUUCGAAUUCUCCAACAAAAUGAUGAAACCCCUGAUAUGGGUGAUAGUCCUGCUGUGAAAGGAAACAUAGAUGGCGAUUUUGACAGCGGCCCUCAAGAAGUCCCAGACCCCGUGACAACCUCUGCAAGCAAUUCUCUCUUUGCCCAAAACAACCCUGUUACAGAGGUUGGUGGUUCAUUAUCCAAGCCCCAAGCCAGUUACACAAGUGCCUUUUCAGUUGGAGGUUAUGCAGCACAUAACUCUGGUGCCAACGGCUUUUGUGCCUCUCGCCUAUGGCCUCCAAAUGGAAAUUACCCGCCAUGUGUUCCAUCUCUCAAUGGAUUUCCUCCACCGCGUCAACCCCCUCGCUCCUUGCCAGAACUUACCAGGAACAAAGACCUCCCUCCGGUGCCCCCUUUGAUCAAAUCUCCGGAUCUUCCUUCCCCCAGUAGUCCCUUGGACAACUUCCCAAGGUCUUCACUACAGACACUCUCCCUAGCCGCCAGCUUUCUCGAGAAAAGCAGCCCUCUGUUUGACCAGGCACCGCAAAUAAAGAAAGCACCCUCUGAGGAACGCAGCAGCCGAGGUGCGCGUUAUGAAGAGCCCUUCUCGGCGGGCAACCAUGGCGAUAACGGACUCUCUCCUCCCGACGUGAAGAGACCUAGAUUAGAUACUUCGUUUGUCACCCACAAGAAGUUACCAUCGAACGGGGUCCAACCUCCCAUAAAGCUGACACCAGCCGAGUCUCAAGUGCCUUUUCCGGCAGAUCUUUCCCCAAAAUCGUGCGGGGACAGUGAUUAUGGAGAAGAACGGGUAUCUCCAUCACCCCCGACGUCUCCCUACCCCAGGGGGUCCCCGUCGCAGAGAGGUUGCGACUCUCCUGUAGCUCGGAGGAGGAACAGCUCCAGUUCAACAGAUUCUGGCACUGAGGACGCCAAAGAUGGUAACCGCAGUCGAAGCGACUCUUCAACUAAAAGUUCUAGCUCAGGUUCGCCAGGUGCAAAACCCCGUGUUGGCCGAAGAAAACAAACAAGAUCUCUGCAUCUGUGGGAAUUUCUUAAAGAGUUGCUGGAAAACAAGGACACAUGUCCUCGUUACAUUACAUGGAUCGAGCGUGAGGAAGGCAUUUUUAGGCUUGUUAACUCAGGAGCCGUUGCCAAGCUCUGGGGUCAACGAAAGAACCGCAGAAACAUGAAUUACGAGAAGAUGAGCCGUGCAUUGCGUUAUUAUUAUGAGAGGAAGAUUCUUGAACGUGUCCCUGGACAGCGUUUGAUCUACAAAUUCGCUCCUGAUACGAUGAAAGAAUGUAACUUCAGCUUCAUGAAGAAGGAUGGUUAAAAAGAAAAAAAAAGUUGGAACGUUUUUGUACACGUAGUGUAGCUUCAUUAAUAUGAAAUUGUGAUUUUUUCAAACGUGUUUAUUUGUUCGCGGAUCUGUGACAUCACUUCCGGCCCCCGAAAAAAUAUUUGAGAGAAAGCGCUGAAUGUGCAGUGUUUUUUGUUGUGGAAGGUUGUUAGCAAUAGAGUACAAUGUUAACUGAGCACGGACGUUAUGUGCGACGCACCCAAAACAUUAGGAACGUUUGCAUUAUCAGAAAUCUCGUCAAGGAAUGACGUUGCUAAAUUCUAAUACUUUCUUCAAAAUUUUAUUUAUAAUUUUUCCAUUUUUCAAGUUCAAGCACAAUCUGUACAAAAUUGCACCUUCCACGACAAAAUCUUACUUAGGUCUUAUUUCGUCUAGGCACUUUCGUCUUUUAGGGGGAAGUUCCAGGCUGUUGGAGGGGAUGUUACAGAAACGUGCUUAACUUUCACAAAAAUAAAUUAUGAAGUGAAAUUCAGUCGCUAGGUCGGCUUGUACAAGAGGAUCUUUGCGACUGGGAGUUCAUUUUCCUCUCGAACGAAAAGAAUCUAACUAGGAACCUUUUAUAAAGAAAAGAAACUGAGAUAGGUGAAGGAUAAGAGAUUUUCGCGUUACAGGGCAAAAUACAGCGCACUUCUGAUGCGUUGUCUAAAAUUCAACACUUGCAAGUCCACCGGGACUGAAGAAUUGACUAUUUUUUGUCUCGUUGUGUUUGUAAAAGUUGUGCUUUUGUUGCAAACCUCCGUGUAAAUAGAACUGUAUUAGAAUAACUUACUACGUAAUUGCACUACAUUCGAAUUCGGAAAAAAGUACAAAACUGUCCGGGAGGCGGUGGAUUACGAAGGGUAAAGAUUUACUUUCCUUUCCUCUUUUGUGGCAAUUUUUUCCAGGUUUUUUCACAUUUAUUAGUGAGUUAUAGCGAGAGAAAGUUUGUUGUAUAGUUAGUUUUCUCGUUUGCUGAUGUCGGUGUGCUUACAGCUUUCAUCGUUUUAGCAAAGCGAUAAUAAUUAUUGAGUCCAAAAGCAACACGAUCCCUAUGUGACUAAUAUGCGUACUUUAGACGAGCUUCAUUAUCUAAGGGUCAUCCAUGGACACCGUUUAUUAAAACGGCAAUUGAGUAUAAUUUACUAUUUUUAUUCACAUUAAAAAACCAUCUCCUCUUCGUAUUUAGAAUCUUCGUAAAACUGAUGUGUUGUCUUUGGAUUGCAAGACUGAGAAAACCGAAUUCAAUAUAAACAAAACCGUAACGAAGCUCGUCUAAAAGACGGUAAAUGAAUGACAGCUUAGAGUGACCUCUCCUCACAACCGUUGUUUGAGUAGUUGCGUGACGUAAUUAUAGUGUUGUGCGACAGACCCCAAAAAUUGCUGUGAUGGAUUGAUGUGUCGAAAGUGUUGGGCAGAAAAUUGAGGAGAUUCGAAUGGUUUCGUGUGUAUAAAAAUGCUCAUUUAAUAAUCUCAUUAUUUUAGUUUGAUAUAAGUAUAUCACAGUUGACAAAGUUUCAUGCAUGAGUCAAAAGCGAUGUAGCCUUUAUCACUAUACAGUUACCACUGUUUCUUGUUAGUGAUGGAUGGUUAGUUUUCACAAUAAAUACCAAUUUAGCUUGAUUAGAUAUUUUUUGUAUGAAAAAGAAAGAAAAAACUGUUUGUAAUAAACAUUACAUUAUUGAAAUA